AUGCUCGCUCGAAGCUCGCUCGAACCCAAAAGAAGUGGCGCAAGCUCGAGUACAAAAACUCAGUUCGAGCUUCGUUCGAACUGGCGCAAGAUCGGUGCAAGCACGAAAAGUACGAACACUAGUGUUGCCGUUAAAACCGUUCAUGAAGUUCUCGCUGGUCAACAGCAACAGCAACAGCAACAGCAACAGCAACAGCAACAGCAACAGCAACAGCAACAGCAACAGCAACAGCAACAGCAACAGCAACAGCAACAGCAACAGCAACAGCAACAGCAACAGCAACAGCAAAAACAACAGCAAAAACAUCGAUUUGCUCAAAAAACCGUCCCUUGUUCUGUUCUUUGGUGUCCUUGUUGGGCAAACGGGCCUUGUCUAGGCCCCGGUACGGCGUCGACACCUGCUCGAAGUAUUUCUUGUUUUGUCCGCCCCCGUGUUUCUGCCUCCUGGGUGUAUGGCUGCGAAGCCAUCGCCCAGGCAUGGCUUUCUGAAAACAAGGUUGAAGUUUCUUCUGGUCCUGUUGUUUUCCCUUCGCCUCGUUUGGUAUCUGUGGCUUCUUCUGCGGGCACCUCUGUGUCUUCCUUGGCCUCUGUGGGAUCCUCUGCUGCGUCCUGUUUGACUUCUUUGGCCAGUGAGAGUCACUCUGUUGUUUCGUUUUCGUCCGUUUUGGCUUCGGUGUCGGCGUGCUCGUCCUCCUCUGCGCCUCUUUCGGCCUCUGUUGAUCCUUCGUCGUCCUCCUCAGAGCCUCUCUUGAGCUCUGUAGGUCCUUCUGCGGGUCCUUGCACCCCUCUGUUGGAGUCUUUGGAUUCUUCUGUUUCCCUCUCUGUGGCUCCCGUGGCCCCUGCGGUUACCGUAACCUCUGUGGGUACCUCUGUUGGGUCCUCUUCACCUUCUUUGGACUCUGAGGGUCAGUCAAUAGAUCCUUUGUUGCCUGGUUCGGCUUCGGUGUCUCCGUGUGCUCCUUCUUCCUCGCCUCUUUUGGCUCCUGAGGAUCCUUCUGGAUCCUCAUCAUUGUCUCUCUUUGGGUCGGUAGGUUCUUCUGUUGCUUCUUGCGUCCCUCCCUUGGACUCUUUGGGUUCUUCUGUUCCCCUCUCUGUGGCUACCGUGGCCUCUGUGGGAACCUCUGUUGGCUCCUCUUUGCCUUCUUUCGCUUCUGAGGGUCAAUCGAUAGAUCCUUUGUUGCCUCUCUUGGGGUGUGUGGGUGAUUCUGCUGUUCCUUGUUCGCCUCCCUUGGAGUCUGUGGGCUCUCCUGGCUCCCCUUCUGCGUCUCCCGUGGUCUCUGUUGAUCCCUGUUUUCCCUCCUCUUCCCCUCUUUUGGCUUGUUCUGCGCCCUCCUCAAUGCCUAUUUCGGUGUCUGUAGGAUCGUCUGUUGCUGCUAGCGCUCCUGCCUCUGACUCCGUGGGUUCCUCUGCUCUGUCGUCGUCGUCUCUCUCGGCGUCUGUGGCUCCAUUUGUGGUUCCAAUUGUGCCUGUGGUGCCCUCGUCUCGUGUUGCUCCUUUUUUGGCUUCCUUGUCGUCGUCCGUGGACGAACAGGAAAGUCUGCCCGAUUUGGGCGAAAAGAGAAAAACAGCCCUGUCUUCGCCCUCCUCUUCCCCUGUGCCGACGCACACUUACGGUCUUGGUUGCGUCUCUGUCAGCGGUCUCCUUGUCCCUGCUGCCCGUGCUCCUCCUGGUCGGGUUAUAGCGAAGCCUAAACCCUCGGCUGCUCAAAAGGCCAGAGAGGAGCAGGAGGAGCAGGACAUCUUGGAUUUCCUUGAUGAAGACAUAAACAUGUAUCGUAACCAAUUAACUGGAAACUAUGACCUAUCAAUCAGUGAUAUGAACUAUCUUUUAAGUAUUGAAAAUAGCACUGGUGAGAAUGAUCUCUCUGUGACUACAGAUCGUCAAGAUGAGCAAGCUUUUUCUAUUCCGGCUUUGUUAUCCAAUGUCAGCCAGCAAUCUGAUGAUUUAGUUUUAAUUCAAUCCCGAUACUUGAAAGGCGACGAGGCUACUGACGAAAGGAUGCCAGCUACGUACAUCAGUAUGGCCACUCAAUCAAAGUUAAAGAUUCUAAAUUACGAGUACAAAGACUCGAAUAACUCUGCAAUUAGAAGACAUUUAGUGGAUGUUCAUGGUCUUACAAAGACGACAGCUGCUUUAACUAAAGCAUCUACAACAACAUCAAUUGUUUCAUUCUUGUCCCCUAUUCAAAAGCCUGUCGACAGAUUCAUUUUCCAGUAG